AUGGCUGCAAAAAAAGUAUUGAUGAAAUGCAAAUUUGAAGAAGGCGAAAAAGUACUGUGCUACGAGCCAGACCCUGCAAAAACGAAAGUUCUAUACGAUUCUAAAGUUUUAAGAGUGGUACCUGAAAAAGAUGACCAAGGUCGCAAAUUCUGUAAAUUUCUCAUUCAUUUUCAAGGAUGGAAUUCCACGUGGGAUAGAUUUGUAACGGAUGAAUUUAUUCUAAAAGAUACAGAAGAAAAUCGCAAGCUUCAAAAAGAACUGGCUGAAGAAGCUCAACUUACGCCUGGUGGGAAUUUGUACAGAAAAGAACGGAAGAAAAGAACAGUUAAACUUGAACCCAAACUUCUAGCAAUAGAGCCAGCUGUAAUUACCAUAGAUGAUCCGUCUAUGGUGGAAAACGAAAAUGUACCAGUACCUAUUGAUACAAUACUGUUACCUAAAAGAAGGUUACCAGACCUUGAGUUUCCAGAUAAUUUAAAAUACCAUACUGGAUAUAAUUGUUAUUUAGUACACCAAAAGAAUACAUUGGUUCAGUUACCCUGUCAACCUAAUGUGGUUACAUUGCUUGAAAGCUACCUUAGAUAUUUAGCAAGAAAUAACUUCAGUGAUAAUAAAACAACAAAAAAAAAACGUCAACCUGAAGAACUUGACAAAAACCAACUAGAAAAACGUUACAUAAUUUGCGUAGAAGUAUUAGAUGGUCUGAGGAUUUGUUUUAACACUUUCUUAUUCAGAAAGUUGUUAAUUAACGAAGACGAACAAGCCCAAUACUAUGAAGCAUUAAAAGUGACUCUCCAACCACCUGUAAAAAAUAUUAUUUCACAAAAUGGUGAACAAGACUAUGAUAAUGUACCAAAUGACGAAGAAUUGAAAAGCCACGAUAACAGAAAUAAUGUUAAAACUAAACGGGACAACACACACAGUUCAACCAGUCAAUAUGCUAGUUCUCAACAGACUUGUUCAGAUUGCAGUUUAACAAAAUCUCAAUGUUCAAAAAUUGUAAAAGAUACAUUUGAAAAAGCCCGUGAUGAGUAUGUAUCAAAAGCAGACUCUUGGAAAGCGGUUCCUGACAGUGCAUAUGAUGAAGAAAUGAAACAGCCGGCUGUUGUAUAUGGUGUAUACCAUCUUUUAAGACUUUUGGAAAAUUUGCCAAAAAUAUUAGCAAACACUGAGGUGGACGGAGAAAAACUUUCAAUUGUAUAUUUAUACAGUAAUGGACUUCUGAAGUACCUCUCAACUCAAACUCAUUUGUUUGGGAUGCAGUAUUAUGUGAAAAGCAAUAUGGAGGAUGCAGUAAAAUCAAGUGCUCCUAUGCGAAAUCACAGAAACCAUAAGAAUAUUUAA